UCGCGCGAAACGCUUCCGGUCACGUGUGUACGUGUACGUACGGCACGGGGUGGAAUGGCGCAUGCGCGAGGAGUUAGCGGAGUGCAAAGCUGCAAAGUAUGGGGAAUUGGCUGCAUAUGGCGUAGAAUAGACUCGGUACUUUCAUUUCAGGCUGUAUAACCUGCAGGUACAGCAGUGCCAUGACAGAAAGACUUAAUAUCAUGUCCAACAUCAAGUCCUUAACUCCACUCCAGCAAAAGCAACUUGCCGAAAAUAUUGCCAGGGUUUUGUCCGUUUAUGGUUUCAUCACAGAUUCCUAUAUUAUUGAAUUUUUUACUGACAACCUGUGGGAGAAACUUCCAGAAUCCUGGAGAUCCUCACUGUCUGAUCUUUCAUCCCCCGAAUUAGCUGACCAGCUGCUGUCUAACGGGAACAGAGAUACUAUCAGUUACAGGUCAGCAUGGCCACUGAGCCUGUUAGCGCUGAAGGCGACAGCACAUUGCCUGGCCUUUCCUAGAAUUCCUAUAAAUGAAGCAGCCAACAAAAACAAGAAAAGGCCAGAGGAAUUUUGGGAAAAUCACUGCCAGAGUAACAAGCUGGAUCCACUCUUCCGGAAACAUGUGAAGCCUAAAAAACAGCAUGAAAUCCGGCAACUGGGCAAGCUGGUGAGAAUAUUGAGCGACCUGACGGGAUGUGACCAAGUGUUGGACAUCGGCUCUGGCCAGGGCCACUUAUCCCGGUUCUUGUCCUUUGGCCAAGGGCUCUCUGUUACAGCGGUUGAGGCUGACCAACAUCUGGUCAAAAUGGCUGCCAAGUUUGACCAUGACUUCAUGUACAUGUUAGACAAAAAGAGCCACCUUAUCGCUGACCUGUUCCCAAAUCCUCCGCGGCAAGUUAUGGCGUGGGUUGAUCCCAAAGCAUCGUGGGAAGAUCUGGCUAAACAGUUGGGCGAAUGUUCAUGCGAAUGUGGUGGCCGUUUUAAAGCACAACGUAUCAGCAGACAUGCUGAUCUGGGCUCCAGAAUUAGUACAGAGAACUCAGGGGAUUGUCUCGGUGUAAAUAGUGUAGGCUCUUUUCAUGCUCCGCAAUCUGCAUCUGAAAUAAACUCGCAUUCUUCUCAUGGAUUAUCAGAACCUUCUGCAUUUAAACCUGGGCCAUGUUCCUGCCUUAAAGGACGGCUUCUAUAUUCACCUUUAGACAAGUUUCUCCUCACAGGACUCCAUGCAUGCGGUGACCUUAGUGUGGCCAUGUUGCGCCACUUUGCAAGGUGCCCCAGUGUGGUGGCAAUCACCUCCGUUGCCUGUUGUUAUAUGAAGUUAAGCACCUGCGAAAUGCCACAGCCACCGGGUGUCCUGUCUUCUUCCCACCCUACCCAGGCAACACAGCCAGAGGAGUAUGGCUACCCACUUAGUUGUUGGGUAGCCCAGCUUCCUGGGCACCAACUCUCUUAUAAAGCACGAGAGGUGGCCUGCCAUGCCAUAGAGGACUAUAGGCAACGACUAAGAGGUGAAAGCUCCAUUCUGAGAACUCAUUGCUAUAGAGCUGCGCUGGAGACUGUUAUCCGCAGCAUAGAUGCCACCAUAAGACGCCCCGGGGUGCAGACAAUUAAGAAGGCCCAUGAGCUUCCCUUUAAAGAAUAUGCUCGCGAGGGACUGAAACGGGUUGGGCUGGACCCAGACACCACCUUAGAUGAAGUGUUAGUGGAUCGCAUGCUUUCCCAGCAUCAGAAGGUGGUCGCAUUCUUUAGCCUGGCCCUCCUGCUGGCACCAUUAAUAGAAACUCUCAUACUUCUGGAUAGGAUGAUCUUUCUACAUGAGCAGGGAUUUCAUUGUGAUCUGAUCCCGCUGUUCAAGCCGGAGUUUUCCCCGAGGAAUCUGGUGCUGGUAGCUACCAAAGCAGGGCCUUCUCCAGUUAAUCUUUUGGAGCAACUGAAGGACUUAGGGGAAAGAACAGGCAAAGAUCUGCUUAGUGACGCAGGAAAGAAUUCAGCUGUACGGUAGGGACAGCCACCCAGGACGUUUGUAUUUUAUUAAUUUAUAUUUAAAAUAAAAACUUUGAAUAACGUU